CUCAGUUGCACUUUCCUCAGCUGGAGUGGGGAGAGCUGGGUGGGGCAGUGCCUCUCCUCUGAGCUAUUUUCAUUUCUUCCUGGGAAGCCACAAGGAUGUCACUCGUAGCAGUACCUUUCUACCAAAAGAGACACAGACACUUUGACCGGUCAUAUCGUCACAUUCAAACAAGAUAUCUUCUGGAUGAAUAUGCAGCCAAAAAGCGUGCUUCAACGCAGUCAUCGAGCCAGAAGUCUUUGACACAGAAGUCAUCCUCCCAGAGAGCAUCUGGCCAGUGGUCAGUUGGAGGAACAACUUGCAGGCUUUGUGCCAAAAGGGCUUCGGCCGAAGAGGAAGAACAUGAAAGGAAAAGAAGGUACCAAUCAAUGAUGGCUUCUUAUGGAGAAGCCAAGCGGGAGCGCUUCCUCAGUGAACUGGCUCAGCUAGAAGACAAUGUUCACCAGGCACGCUCACUGGCUCAGGAGAGGCUGGACAAAUAUGCUGUCCAAUACAUGGUGGAGGAUAAGCAGGCCUGGGAAAGGCAUACAUUUGAAGAACGCAUGAGGAGAGCCCCUGAGAUCUUGGUGAGGCUGAGGUCCCAUACUGUUUGGGAAAAGAUGUCUGUGAAGCUUUGUUUCACUGUCCAAGGAUUUCCUACACCGGUGGUACAAUGGUAUAAAGAUGGUAGCUUGAUUUGCCAAGCAGGAGAGCCAGGAAAAUACCUGAUUGAGAGCAAGUAUGGUGUGCACACACUGGAGAUCAACAGGGCAAAUUUUGAUGAUACGGCAACUUAUACAGCUGUGGCUACUAAUAUUCACGGACAAGUGUCAACCAAUGCUGCGGUGAUUGUGAGAAGGUUUAGAGGAGAUGAGGAGCCAUACCACUCAGUGGGACUGCCAAUUGGAUUGCCUUUGUCGUCUGUGAUUCCAUACACGCACUUUGAUGUGAAGUUUUUGGAUAAAUUUGGGGUCACCUUUAAGAGAGAAGGAGAAACCGUUACUCUCAAGUGUACCCUGCUGGUUACACCGGACUUGAAAAGGGUGCAGCCGCGAGCCGAAUGGUACCGAGACAAUGUGCUGGUGAAAGAAUCCAAAUGGACAAAGAUGUUCUUUGGGGAAGGCCAGGCCUCCUUGUCGUUCAGCCACCUGCAUAAGGAUGACGAAGGCCUCUACACCUUGAGAAUUGCUUCCAGAGGCGGCGUGAGUGACCACAGUGCCUUUCUGUUUGUUAGAGAUGCGGAUCCAUUAGUUACAGGGGCUCCAGGAGCUCCCAUGGAUUUGCAAUGCCAUGAUGCAAACCGCGAUUACGUCAUUGUGACCUGGAAGCCACCCAACACAACCACUGAGAACCCUGUCAUUGGCUAUUUCAUUGAUAGGUGUGAAGUGGGAACUAAUAAUUGGAUUCAGUGCAAUGAUUCACCAGUAAAAUUCUGCAAAUACCCGGUCACUGGACUUUGCGAAGGCAGAUCUUACGUGUUCCGGGUCCGGGCCGUCAAUAACGCAGGUGUUAGCAGGCCUUCUAGGGUCUCUGAAGCAGUGGCAGCCCUUGAUCCCGUUGACCUCAAGAGGUUACAAGCAAUUCAUUUGGAGGGAGAAAAAGAAAUUGUAAUUUACCAGGAUGACCUUGAAGGUGAAGUUUGGAUUCCAGGACCUCCCACCAAUGUACAUGCUUCAGAAAUCAGCAAAACAUAUGUUGUCCUCAGCUGGGAACCACCUGCUCCCCGUGGCAAGGAGCCCUUAAUGUAUUUUAUCGAGAAGUCCAUGGUGGGCAGUGGGAGCUGGCAGCGGGUCAAUGCCCAGACAGCGGUGAGAUCCCCUCGGUACGCAGUGUUUGAUCUUGCUGAAGGGAAGUCUUACGUGUUUCGAGUCUUGUCAGCAAAUAAGCACGGCCUGAGCGACCCAUCAGAAAUAACUGCCCCCAUUCAAGCACAAGACACCGUUGCUGUUCCUUCUGCGCCCGGUCGUGUACUUGCCUCAAGGAACACCAAGUCAUCUGUCGUGGUGCAGUGGGACAGGCCCAAACACGAAGAGGACCUACUGGGCUACUACGUCGACUGCUGCGUGGCAGGAACCAAUAACUGGGAACCGUGUAAUCACAAGCCCAUCGAUUAUAACAGGUUUGUUGUGCACGGCUUAACGACGGGUGAGCAGUACAUCUUCCGAGUGAAAGCCGUUAAUGCUGUUGGGACAAGUGAAAAUUCACAAGAGUCUGAUAUUAUAAAAGUCCAGGCUGCCCUCACGGUUCCAUCUCAUCCUUAUGGAAUUACGCUGCUGAACUGUGAUGGCCAGUCUAUGACUCUGGGGUGGAAGCUGCCCAGGUUCAGUGGAGGUGCGGCGGUCCUCGGGUAUUACAUAGACAAGCGGGAAGCGCAUCAUAAAAAUUGGCACGAGGUCAACUCGUCACCUAUUAAAGAGAGGAUCUUUACGGUGGAAGGCUUGACAGAAGGCUCAUUAUAUGAAUUCAAAAUUGCUGCAACCAACCUGGCGGGGAUAGGACAGCCGUCAGACCCUAGCGAACACUUCAAGUGUGAAGCCUGGACCAUGCCAGAGCCUGGUCCGGCCUAUGAUCUGACAUUCUGCGAGGUCAGGAAUACAUCACUGGUAAUCCUUUGGAAAGCCCCAGUGUAUUCUGGCAGCAGCCCUGUUUCUGGAUAUUUUGUGGAUUAUAAAGAAGAGGAUACCGAAGAAUGGAUCACAGUAAAUGAGACAACAACUGCAAAUCGUUAUUUAAAGGUCUGUGACCUACACCAGGGGAAAACCUAUGUCUUCAGAGUCCGUGCAGUGAAUGCAAGUGGUGUGGGGAAGCCGUCAGACAAUUCGGAGCCAGUGCUGGUAGAGGCAAAACCAGGCACCAAGGAAAUCAGAGCUGGCGUGGAUGAAGGAGGCAAUAUCUACCUAAGUUUUGACUGCCAAGAAAUGACAGAUGCAUCUCACUUUACCUGGUGUAAAUCUUAUGAGGAGAUUGCAGAUGCUGAGAAGUUUAAUAUUGACACUGUGGGAGAUAAUUCAAAACUGUACUUUAAGAACCCAGAGAAAGUGGACAUAGGGACUUAUUCUGUGUCUGUAAGUGAUACAGAUGGUGUGUCUUCCAGUUUUGUUUUGGAUGAAGAAGAGCUUGAACGUUUGAUGGCAUUGAGCAACGAAAUAAAAAAUCCCACAAUUCCUCUGAAAUCAGAAUUAGCUUAUGAGCUUUUUGAUAAGGGCCAGGUUCGUUUCUGGCUCCAGGCUGAGCACUUAUCACCAGAUGCCAGCUACAGAUUUAUUAUUAAUGACCGAGAAGUCUCCGACGGUGAGACACAUAGGAUUAAAUGUGAUAAAUUGACAGGAAUAAUUGAGAUGGUAAUGGAUCGAUUUACUAUUGAAAAUGAAGGUACCUACACUGUGCAGAUUCAUGAUGGAAAGGCCAAAAAUCAAUCUUCUCUGGUUCUUAUUGGAGAUGCCUUCAAGGCAGUCCUAGAGGAGGCUGAAUUUCAGAGGAGAGAAUAUCUCAGGAAACAAGGUCCUCAUUUUGCUGAAUAUCUGCACUGGGAUGUUACAGAAGAAUGUGAAGUUCGACUUUUGUGUAAGGUUGCAAACACUAAGAAGGAAACAGUUUUCAAAUGGCUAAAGGAUGAUGUUCUUUAUGAAACUGAAACAUUGCCUGACCUCGAAAAAGGAGUCUGCAAGCUGCUUAUACCAAAGUUGUCAAAGAAGGACCAAGGUGAAUACAAAGCAUCCUUGAAAGAUGAGCGAGGUCAAGAUGUUUCUAUCCUUGAGAUAGCUGGCAAAGUGUAUGAUGAUAUGAUUCUGGCAAUGAGUAGAGUCUGUGGAGCAUCUGCUUCUCCACUAAAGAUACUCUGCACCCCAGAAGGAAUAAGACUUCAGUGUUGCAUGAAAUAUUUUACAGAAGAAAUGAAAGUGAAUUGGUAUCACAAAGAUGCUAAGAUUGCAUCGAGUGAGCAUAUGCGAGCCAGAGGGAGUGCAGACAUGGCCUGGCUGCAGAUUUGUGAGCCUACUGAGAAGGAUAAGGGAAAAUAUACCUUUGAGAUUUUUGAUGGUAAAGACAAUCAUCAACGAACUCUUGACCUAUCUGGACAAGCUUUUGAUGAUGCAUUUGCAGAAUUCCAGCAACUCAAGGCAGCUGCUUUUGCAGAGAAGAAUCGUGGCAAGGUGAUUGGUGGUUUACCUGACGUGGUGACCAUUAUGGAAGGCAAGACUUUGAAUCUAACCUGUACGGUGUUUGGGAACCCUGACCCUGAAGUGGUUUGGUUCAAGAACGACAAGGAUAUUGAACUCAGUGAUCACUUUGCAGUCAAGAUGGAGCAGUCUAAAUAUGCCAGCAUGACCAUCACAGGUGUGACUUCCGAGGACUCAGGAAAGUACAGCAUCAAUGUCAAGAACAAAUAUGGAGGUGAAAAAAUUGACAUCACCAUCAGUGUGUACAAACACGGUGAGAAGAUACCAGAUGCGUCACUACCCCAGCAAGCCAAACCAAAGCUCAUCCCUGCAUCCAGCUCAUCCCCCGCUGAAUAGAAGCAGUGCAUACCCGGAGAAGGAGAACAAAAUACACAUGUGCAUAUACCUGGAAUGCUGUGUGUUUGUUUCAAAUGAAUAGCCAUAAUUUAAGUGAAGUCACAUGUGGGUAGAUAAUUAGGCUUUUAAUCUGUAUUUGUUUACUACUAUUUUAUGUCAUUUAAGUGGGAAAUCGAAUCCUUUCUAAGCAACCUAUAAUGAGAUACGACUCAUUGGCAGACACUAGAAACAUGUCUAGAAAGGUGACAGUUCAUUGCUAUCUGCACAUGGAACGAUAACCAGUGCAAUAGGAGCAUGUGGUGGGUCUUUGUAAGGCUGUUGUCUUGCUUAUAGUGGUGCUUUUUGAUAAUCAGAAAGCACUAAUAGCUCUUUGCAGUCUGAGCUGUGGAGUCACUUAAGUAUGCAUACCCCGUUACACUCAGUAUUCUCUUGCUUUAGGCUAAUAAAACUUUAAAAGGCA